CACGUUAAAAGUUUAAAAGUUUUAUUAAUUUAUAUUCUCUCACUUUCGUUUCGAUUCGUUGAUUUCUUUUGUUAAUUUGUUAAAAAUACUUCAGUAAAUAGACGUUGGUACUGUGGUUGCAGUAUAGUUGAAUUUUUAGUACGCAAAUAAGUUAAUACUAUGGCUUCUACAGCUUUUGAAAGUUUAGAUGAUGAAGUAAAAGAACUUCUACUGAAUUAUAGAUAUAAAAAGGCUACGGCUUACGAACCGUGUACACUGAAAAACUUCAAAGAAUGUUUAAUCGGACUUCAUGAGGAACUAGGCCUGUUUAACAUAGAUUACCUCUUUAACCCGCACACUGAUGUGGAGAAUGAUACAUUGUGCCCAGAAGCCUUGGUAAAACUCAUAAAUUCAGUGUGGACACUGUUGCAACACCAUAAGAAUACUACAGAAAAAGCUGAUGGUUUGAUUGAACAGAACCACAUACUUGAACACAAUAAUAAGCAGUUAACAAGCACAGUUAUGAGAUUUAAAGAAAAGUUAAAUUUAGAAAAGAAUGAAUCUAAAGCAUGUGUUGCCUCAGCUCAAAGAAUGUCUGAUCAAUCAAAUGAAGUGUAUCAUAAAUUGCUUGAUACUAGAGCAAAGUUGAGCCAACUCACAAAACAGAAAGAAACCAAUGACAAAAUACUGCAGAAUAAAAUAACAAGACUUCAGCUUCAAAAUGACAAGUUGAUGGAUAGAAUAAUAAGCAAAUCUGAUAGUUACACACCAUGUGCAGAUGUUUGUGACUCGACUAUGAUGCAACUGAAGGAACGUGAGAGAAAACAUAAGGCUCUAAUAGCUCAGUUGCAAGCUAAUAACCAGGAACUUAUUAGAGAAGUUUUAACACUCAAGGAAGAGAUUAUUCUUGAAGGCAUUAGUAAUGUUAAACUGAAAAAAUAAUUAUUGGAAUCCAUGAUUGUUAUAACUCAUAUUAAGUUAUGAUAUUGUAAUUAACAAAUUAGUUAAGCACAACUAAGGCAACUAAUGUUUCUAAUUGUUGUAUACUUAAGUCAUUCAUUUUUGUUACCAUUACAUUAACCUAUUUUUGUACUUUUGUUCUUGCAAUUGCAAGAGCUGUUACUGACUGAUCUCAUAUUAGUAUUAUGAACAAAUUGUUGGAAUAUUUUUGAUAAUAAAUAAAAAGUUUCCUAA